GUUUUAGAGAGGUUUACACUUCUACACACACAGAGGCUUUUGUUGUUUUUUCUCAUUCUUUCUUCCUUUCCUUAUCUUCUUCUUCUCCGCUGUUUUCUUCACAUCCGCCAUUGAAAUUUAGCUCUCUUUGCUUCCAUGGCUCUUGUCUCCCCUAGCUCAAUAGCCCAGAUAAAUACACCAUGGGGGAAUUCGAAAUCCCCUAAAAAACACAACUUUUUCUUCAUUUCAUCCACUGACCCUCCAAAGUUCUUGCAUAAUCCCACCCUUUUUCCUUCCUCUUUCCCUCAUGCCCUUAAACUCCCUUCCCUCUACACUCCCAUUCCCCUCCAUUUACACCCUUUAUCUGACUCCACCGACGAUAAUUUCACCGAAAACCUUCAAGAGUUGGGCAAUUUGCAGACUAUCCCAAAAGGGAUUUCUCAGGUUUUGACUAAGGAGUCGAAGGAUAGAGUUUUUAUUCGGGACCCGCCAUGGAUAUCGGCGCUUUUCAUGAAGAAUUUUUAUUAUAGGUCGAAGAUUAAAGAAGGGUUCAGAUUGGAAUAUCAAGAGAUUGAGAGGAGGAAGUAUAAUUUGCUGCGGAAAAGGCAGAUUGAAGCUGAAACUAAAGCUUGGCAGAAGAUGGUGGAAGAGUAUAAGGAACUGGAAAGGGAAAUGUGCGAGAAGAAAUUGGCUCCCAAUUUGCCUUAUAUGAAGAAAUUGUUUUUGGGUUGGUUUGAGCCAUUGAAAAACGCCAUUGAGAAGGAACAAAAGGCUAAGGUGACUAAGAAGAAGUCUGCAUUUGCCCCAUAUAUUGAUUGCUUGCCAGCUGAUAAAAUGGCAGUUAUUGUGAUGCAUAGAAUAAUGGGGUUGUUAAUGAUGGGGGAAAAAGAUGAUAGGUGUGUUCGAGUUGUUGAAGCUGCAGCCCAGAUUGGGAUCGCAAUUGAGCAAGAAGUUAGGAUUCAGAGUUUCUUGGAUAGAACAAAAAAGUCUCAGAGAAAGUUAACUUCUGCUGAUAAUGAAGAACAGAUGAGUACUGAGACAAUACUACUCAGAAAACGUGUGAAGAGUUUGUUAAAAAGGAAUAGGAUUUCUGAGGCACAAAAGCUCGUGAAAAGUGAUAAAUUCAAACCUUGGGGCAGAGAUAUACAAGCCAAGCUGGGAUGUCGACUUAUAGAACUUCUAAUAGAAACAGCUUAUGUGCAACCUCCAGUUAGUGAGACCAGUGACAGUCCGCCGGAUUUUAGACCAGCAUUUAGGCAUACCAUGAAAAUUUCAGCUAAAGACUAUGGGCAGCACCCUGUCAAAAGGUACGGGGUUAUAGAGUGUGAUCCUGUAAUUUAUUCUGGACUUGAUAGAAGUGCUAAACACAUUAUGGUUCAGUAUGUGCCAAUGCUGGUACCACCCAAGAAGUGGAGAGGGUAUGACAAAGGUGGUUAUUUGUUCCUACCUUCCUUCUUGAUGCGAACUCAUGGGUCUAGACAACAGCAAAAUGCAAUAAAACGUGCUCCAAUGAAACAAAUGCAGAGAGUUUUCGAGGCCUUGGAUACUUUGGGAAACACCAAAUGGCGAGUGAAUAGACGGAUACUUAACAUUGUAGAGACUAUUUGGGGAGGAGGAGGCAAUGUUGCUGGCCUCGUAAAUAGGAAAGAUGUUCCUAUACCUGAACUGCUCUCUGAUAAUGAGGAGGAAAUAAAAAAAUGGAAAUGGAAAGCCAGAAAAGCUAGGAAAAUCAACCAAGAGUUGCAUUCAUUGCGUUGUGACACUGAGCUGAAGCUCUCUGUGGCUCGUAACAUGAAAGAUGAGGAAGGAUUCUACUAUCCCCACAAUCUGGAUUUUCGUGGAAGAGCUUAUCCUAUGCAUCCACAUUUAAAUCACCUCAGUUCUGAUCUUUGUCGAGGUCUCCUAGAGUUUGCUGAAGGACGGCCCCUAGGGAAGUCCGGACUAUAUUGGCUGAAAGUACAUUUAGCUAAUCUCUUUGGUGGCAGUGUUAAGAAGCUUUCCCAUGAUCAACGGCUGGCUUUUGUGGAAAAUCACCUCAAUGAAGUGUUGGAUUCAGCGGAUAAUCCUCUUAAUGGAAAUCAGUGGUGGUUGAAGGCUGAGGAUCCUUUUCAGUGCUUGGCAGCUUGUAUUAAUUUAUCGGAAGCUCUAAAGAGCUCAUCACCGUAUACUGUUAUCUCCCAUCUACCAAUCCACCAGGAUGGCUCAUGCAACGGUUUACAGCACUAUGCGGCUCUUGGGAAAGAUAGUAUGGAAGCUGCUGCUGUCAAUUUGAUUGCUGGAGAUAAACCUGCUGAUGUUUACUCAGAAAUAGCCACAAGGGUUCGUGAUAUUAUACGACUAGACAGUGAAAAGGACCCUGCUACAGAUCCCAAUGCUAUAGUCGCCAAGCUUUUACUUGAUCAGGUUGACAGGAAAUUGGUGAAGCAGACUGUCAUGACUUCUGUAUACGGUGUCACUUAUGUUGGAGCACGCGAACAAAUCAAAAGAAGGUUAGAGGAAAAGGGUCUGAUUGCUGAUGAUAGGUUGCUCUUCAGUGCUGCAUGCUAUGGUGCCAAAGUGACAAUGGCUGCUCUUGGAGAAUUGUUUGAAGCAGCACGUGGUAUAAUGGUUUGGCUGGGUGAUUGUGCUAAGGUGAUUGCUUCUGAAAACCAGCCUGUGCGGUGGACCACGCCUCUGGGCCUCCCCAUUGUGCAACCUUACUUUAAAUCUCAAAGGCACAUUAUAAAAACAUCACUUCAGGUUUUGGCACUGCAGCGUGAAGGUGAUUCGGUUGAGGCUAGAAAACAACGUACUGCUUUCCCUCCAAAUUUUGUGCACUCCUUAGACAGCACGCACAUGAUGAUGACUGCUGUUGCCUGUAGAGAUGCUGGCCUACAGUUUGCAGGUGUACACGAUUCAUUCUGGACCCAUGCAUGCGAUGUUGGCAAGAUGAAUCAAAUACUCCGGGAAAAAUUUGUGGAGCUUUACAGUAUGCCAAUACUUGAAAACGUAAGCAUACCACUUGAACAUUUUUUCUUCAAGCAAUACUCUCUGUUCACUACAUGGAAUUAGCCUUGUUGAUAACACUUGUAUCUCUCCAUUCAAAAGGUAUUAACCUCUAAAUUUAAAAUAAACCUGAAAUCUGGGGAAUAGAAUUGAGGAUUUUCACAACUCCAUGACAUUUUCCGUCAUAUUUUUACAGCUUUUAUAUUUGUCUGUGAUGAUUUCUAUUUCUUCUACUACCAAACUCAACAUGUUAAUCUUGUUGUCUUGGUAAACAGUUGCUUGAAAGCUUUCAAACGUCAUAUCCAUCUUUGACAUUUCCUGCUCUACCAAAAAGAGGCGACUUUGACUUGCGUGAAGUUCUGGAAUCACCGUACUUCUUCAAUUGAUUGAUUGGGAGAAACAUUGGCCGUUCACAUGGAGACAAAUUACUGAGGCAACAUGUGCUUCAGUAGAAGGUCAGAGCAAUGUGCUCAGUCACUCCUUCAAAAAGUAGAAGGAACGAAGGGAUCACAAUACUCUGGCCAAAUGCAUCCUCAGCAGAUUGUUAUCUAACUUGCAAAUGAAGUAAGAUCCAACUGCUAGAAUUAACAUUGCCGUAGAGGAAAGUUAGCAACAAAAGGAACAUGAUGAGGGCUUAUCAGCUGAAUUUAUCUUUGCUGAGGAAGGGAUAUUUCAUUGUUCUAUGCUGCUUCGAUGAAAGCAAACUCUCCAAACUCUGAUGAUUUUCCUCAUUGUCAUCUCAAAGAAUAGGGGGAGAAAUUAAAGGCAUUCCUGGAGUGCCUUGACGAACUCAUUUGCUGAUCAGUUCUUGGACCCAACGUUGGAAAGAGUGGACUUUUUCCACUCAGUUACAGCCUGAUGUUUCGUCAAAGUAGUUAGAGCUCAGUUCUUGUGUCCAAUGCCAGAAAGAGUGGGCUUUUUCCACUCAGUUCCAGACUGAUGUUGAUUCCUAGGCUGUGGAUUGGAGAUGAUCAAUCUAGAGCGCGUGGUGGAAGAACAAUUCUUUGAUGUAAAUGCUUGUACAGAUUUCACCAACUAUACUUACUGACCAAAAUUUUGUAUUGUGUUGUGUUGUGUUGUGUUGUAUGUAGAGAGAAAAUAGAAUAUUGCCCUACCGGCAAUUCGGCACUGACGAAUGUAUACAGUUAGAAGUUUUGCAUUUAUGAAAGUGAUGUGGGAAAACCCUUUUUCUUUCUAUCUUAUUCAUGUUCCAU